AUGAAUAUCUCAUUCGAAAUUUUAUCCUUUGAAUCCAUCCAGAUGGACGAAUUAUCCCAUUAUCGUUUAAUGAAAUUUCCUGCGAUACCAUGGAUACCCUGUCAAAUACUGACAAACCAUUUGUAUCCUGAUGAGAUAAUCUUUCAUCUUUGGUCAAUAUCGGUUGUAACAGCUUACAAAUGGGUUUGGCUAUCGUAA